CCACCUUAGAGGAGCUUUUGGCUCGCCCGUGGUGCUAUUACUGCGAACGCGAUUUCGAUGAUCUUAAAAUCCUCAUUUCACAUCAGAAAGCCAAGCAUUUCAAAUGCGAACGGUGCGGCAGGAAGCUCAAUACGGCGGGAGGCUUGUCGGUGCAUAUGAGUCAGGUACACAAGGAACAGCUGACAGCCGUCGAUAAUGCCCUCUCUAAUCGAUCCAGCCUUGACGUCGAGAUCUUCGGCAUGGAAGGUGUCCCGGAGGACGUUAUCCAAGCACACAACCAGCGAGUCGCUACCCAAUUCCAGCAAGCGGAAGCAGAGCGACAGGCCAUAACAGGAAACCCCCCUUCAGGAACGUCGGUUUCUGGCGGCCAGCCCGCGAAGAAACCCAAGCUCGAGAGCAUAUCAGACUUGAAGAAGCGAUUGGCGGAACAUAAAGCCAAGAAGGCAGAGACCUUAGCUGGAGGAAGCAGCGGUGAAGUGACGCCUGUUGGAGCGGGACAGACACCUAGUGUGGGUGGUGGAUUUGCUCCAUCUCCCACGACCGCCGCCGCUCCUGCGCUUACGUAUCCUCCACCAUAUGCCGGGGCUGGUUCCCCAUACCAACAAACAGCAAGCCCCGUUUACCCGACCUUCUCGCCAGGACAACCUCAAUAUCCUCCCUCUUCGCAGUUUUCUACACCCACCGGGUAUUCCCCUCAGCCAGGACAACCCGCCCCUCCCUACGGAAACACGCCUCCUCCUUUGCCAUCUCAACAACCUCAGAUCAGUCAAUCAACAGCAUUCCCCCCACGGCCGGGCAGCCUACCAGCUGCACCGAGUCUCCCACAACGACCCGCCAUCGCGGCGCCGCAAGUCAACGCAUAUCAGAUGCAGCAGAUGCACAUGGGCCAUCCUAUUCCAGGUGCUCCCGGGGUUUCUAAUGGUGAAAAGACCGAGCCCACAGCGUUUUCUUCCUCCGUCGAUGAUCUCAUCUCCGGAGCAGCCAGAGAAGCUGACAAAGCAGCGGCCAGCGCACCCAAGGCGGAUGGCGCGGAAGAAAAGGCCACCAAGAAAGAUAAGUCCAAGCAGUCAAGGUUGGUAUAUUCAGAUAACGAGACCAGCCCGGAGGAAAAGAUGGCCGGGUUGCCAAGGUACGCGUUCGUUUCGCAUCGUCCCGGGGAACCGGUUCUUCAAGAGAUUCCUCCCGCUGCAGCUGUGGGCGCCGUCGUCGACCCUGCCCAAUCAUGACCAACUUCGAGUAUCCUAAAGCGUUACGCGAUAGCAAAUGCAAUGAAAGCGGGGAAAUCAAGACGGGAACACAGAUUCCAGCUAAGUCCGAUACAUGUUGAGAUUCUAGAUAUUCGUCGUGACCUUCUUUCUUUUUUUUUCUGCUUCUUUCCUUGAGGUUAUUUGUACUAUUCCUGCCCUGAUCCUGUGUCAGUAGUUGCCAGUGCAGCCAGCCGCUGAGACAGGCCUUACUUCGUGGAUGUCGACUGGAUAUCGAAUCCGAGCUUCGAAU